AUGCCCAGGCAGUUUUUCUGCCCAGUGUUCGGCUCGUCACUGUGGUUGGCACUGAUACUCCAGUCUCUCAUUUCCUCCGCCGUUACCUACAGAAGACCAGUGUCUGGAGGAAAGAGACAGAGCUUUCUGGAGAGGACCUUGAUUUUAUUAGACGUCAAUACUCGGAGCCCGGUUAAAGUUUUGAAUGACAACUUCCUCUCGUUGCAGUUGGAUCCAUCUAUCAUAAAGGAUGGUUGGCUGGACUUCUUAAGCUCCAAGCGUUUAGUCACUCUGGCACGGGGACUCUCUCCAGCUUAUUUGAGGUUUGGGGGCAAACGGACUGACUUUCUCCAGUUUCAUAACCUGAAGAAUCUAGCAAAGUUUAGAGGGCCUGGACCAGACUAUUACCUUAAAAACUAUGAAGAUGACAUAGUGCGCAGUGACUUCGCUCUGGACAAACAAAAAGGCUGCAAGCUGGCCAGCCACCCAGACAUGAUGCUGGAACUACAGCGGGAGAAAGCAGCUCAGAUGCAGCAGGUCUUGCUGAAAGAACAGCUUUCCAACAUCUACAGCGACGUCACAUUAACAGCCAGGUCUUUAGACAAACUCUACAACUUUGCCGACUGCGCAGGACUGCACCUUAUCUUCGGCCUGAAUGCCUUGCACAGAAACCCUGACAACUCAUGGAACGCCACCAGUGCUCUGAGUCUGCUUAAAUACAGCGCCGGCAAAAAAUACAACAUCUCCUGGGAGCUCGGCAAUGAGCCCAACAGUUACCGCAUAAUGGCUGCUCGGUCAGGCAACAGCUCUCGUCUGGCUCAGGAUUACGCUCUUCUGAAGACGUUACUGCAGUCGGUACGUUUCUACAGCCGAGCGAACCUCUACGGGCCAAACAUCGGCCGUCCUCGCAAAAACGCAAUCCUCUUACUAGAUGGGUUUAUGAAAAACGGCGGUUCUGUGGUUGAUGCUGUAACGUGGCAACAUUACUACAUUGACAGACGGGUGACCAAAGUGGAAGACUUUAUGAAGACGAGACUUCUGGACACACUUUCUGAGCAGAUUACAAAGGUUUUGAAGAUUGUUCAGACUCAUGCUCCAGAGAAGCGUGUGUGGCUGGGUGGAGUUGGUCCGGCUUGGGCAGGAGGCACCAAUAAUUUAUCCGACACAUUUGCUGCUGGCUUUCUGUGGCUUAACACUCUUGGCAUCGCUGCAGCUCACGGGAUCGAUGUUGUUCUCCGACAUUCGUUCUUUGACUACGGAUACAACCACCUGGUGGACCAGCACUUCAACCCUUUACCUGAUUAUUGGGUAUCUCUGCUCUUUAAACAUCUGGUGGGCCCGAGGGUGCUGGCGGUGCACGUCGCAGGUCUCCAGAGAAAACCUCGUCCUGGACGGGUCAUCCGGGACAAACUCCGCAUAUAUGCCCACUGCACCAGCUUUCACAAUCACGAUUAUGUCAGAGGGUCUGUAACCAUCUAUAUCAUCAACCUUCAUCGUUCACGGAAGAAAAUCAAGCUGGCCGGGACUUUACGAAAUAAAACUGUCCACCAGUAUCUGUUACAGCCCUUCGGCACAGAAGGACUUCAAUCCACGUCUGUGCAGCUGAACGGAGAGCCCUUGCGCAUGGUGGACAACGAGACCUUCCCUGAGCUCAAGCCUCGGACGCUGCGAGCUGGCAGAACAAUAGCCAUGCCUCCUGUAUCUAUCGGUUUCUACGUCAUCAAGAAUAUUAACGCUUACGCCUGCCGCAGAUAACACACACUGACCGACCUCAGAUCAUCUUCUGUUCAAUGCACCAGCCCCUUGUGGCACUCUCCUCUAUUUAGAAGAAAAGACCCCUUCGUUCAAGCAAGGGUUGCACUGAAUGCUUCCAACAACAUUUCUCCUCUUUUGAAUCCACAGGAACAGCUGGACUUGUGGAAAGUGAAUGUAUUUCGGUUGCUCUGUUGUGAUUUUGUUCUUGUUGCUUUUAUUUGCAGAAGCUUAUAAUGAAGUCUGGUGGUUCUUCAAUCAUAGCAGUGUCACUGAGAGCUUUAUGAUAUGAAGUUGAGGAUCAUCUUAAGCUACAAACUUGAGGUAAUCAAUUAGCACAUCCAGGCUGAAUCUGACUUGACUUUCCGUUUUGUUUUUUGGUACACAAUUAAAAAUAAGAGUUUCUAAGGAGGGCUUUCACAGAAAUGCCAUAGAACCAUUUUUGGAUCCCCAAAGAAUCUUUCAGUCAGCAGGUCUUGAAAAAAACAUUUAUACAUUAGAGUGAAGACUGUUAAUGAUCCUUUUUGACUUUAAUGAACAUUUUGUUCCAUGCAUGUUAAUGGCUCCUCAUGGAACUAUUGAUUCUAAUAAAGAAGCUUUACUCUAACUGUGCGUUCACACCGAAAGCGGCGAGAGCGUCAGUCGCCAGAAGUCAUUCGCUUUCAAUGGGAGCAUGGUGCAUCUUUGCCGUUGUGAGCGUCGAGAGGGGUUCAAAUCAAGUCAACUUUAUGCUUAUGAGCUAUGACACAGUUCAAGAGUGUUAGGGCUCUUUAUUAACGGUGUAGGUGCAAAGUCUAAGCUCAGGGCGCAAAUGCAUUAAGGGCAUGUCCGAGUCCACUUUUGCUAUUUUAUGGAUGGAAAAAUCCGCUCUGCGCCACGGCACAUGGUCUAACAGGGUUGUGCUUAUUCUCUUAAUGAGUUCUGGGUGUAUUUUGAGAGUAAACCAAUCAGAGUCUCAUCUCCCAUUCCCUUUAAGAGUCAGUUGCGUUGUGCCAUGGCGCAUUUGCUAUUUACAUGCUGGACUUUGUAAGUGGAAAACUGAACACGUCACUAGUAAGAAAACAGUUCAAUAAACCAUUGCGAGGAUAAAGAAUGAGCCUUCUCCAUUCGGCCUCUUUACUUUCACUUUCUCUUUCUCUCUUUUGUGGAUAAGGAAAUGGUGUUGUACUCACCACUGAAGACAUCCAUUAGCCUACAUAUUUAAUUUUGUUUGUUAAGCGCAAAGAUUUGUUUCAAAAAUAUUAGUAAAUUCAGCUCUAAUUUCUAGCAAACGAAUAAAUAAACAAUAACAAUGAAGUGUGGUCAAAAAACACAGUUAUAUAGGACAGUUAUAUCCAAACACACGUCCUAUUCUUAUACCCCAUAUGGUCCAAAACCUGACAGAUGGACAAA